CCAUCACCAAUUCCACUCGACUACCUUGAACGCCUAGGCACUUUUUCCCCCGAACGGUUGCAAAUCCCUUCACACCCUUUCGUCUCACAUACACAUUUCCGCAACCAUGUCUACGCAAAGCGUUCAGUGCUUCGGCAAGAAGAAGACGGCUACUGCUGUCGCCCACUGCAAGAAUGGCUCCGGUCUGAUCAAGGUCAACGGCCGACCUCUAUCUCUAGUCCAACCUGAGGUUCUCCGAUUCAAGGUCUACGAGCCUCUCCUAAUCGUCGGCCUCGACAAGUUCUCCCAGGUCGACAUCCGCGUCCGCGUCACCGGUGGUGGUCACACUUCGCAAGUCUACGCCGUCCGCCAGGCCAUCGCCAAGGCCCUUAUCGCCUACUACCAGAAGUACGUUGACGAGCACAGCAAGAACCUACUCAAGCAGGCUCUCGUCCAAUACGACCGAACCCUUCUCGUUGCCGACAACCGUCGGUGCGAGCCCAAGAAGUUCGGCGGUCCCGGUGCCCGUGCCAGAUACCAAAAGUCCUACCGUUAAACAGAAUCUCCGACUUCUAUUGUUGUUCGGGGGUGGGGAUGGAUGGAUAUUAUUGGUUCCAUGAAACAAAAACCAGGAAAUGGAGGGAGAGAGGAGAAAUGGUAAGAGAAGCAAAAAUCAUCGAUCUCGUUUGGGGGGAUGUUCGACGGAAGAAAGAAAAAAACACAAGUCAAUCGAGACGAUUUGGUUUCUUGUUUUCCUUUUAUGCCUGGCCCUCUUCUCCUUUUUGCGCGCAACGAAAUCGGGACGGCUAUGGCGGUGGUCGGACCUCUGGAGUCAUUAAGACAAGGGAAUCCUUUGCUACGAGGGGAGGGUUUACCUCUUUACUAAGGAUGCCUUCUCUAUUAUCAAUGCAUUUGCAUGGCCUGGUUGUAAAGGGAUUAGGCGAAUGAAACGACAAAUCUUUUAAUGACUUAUGCUGUUCCGGAAAGCGUGACGUAAUGCUAUAAAACGUCUGCGAUUAAAAAUCGUGCUAAAAUCUAAGUUGACUAGAAGGGAUAACUCGGAACUAAAUCUCUAUCAUGGUGUCUUUUCGACGACAGCCAUAAAGCGACAGUCUAAAGGUGAAACCGAUUCCUUAUCUCAUAACCAAGUUUGAGAAGACACAACUU